AUGGCCUCAAUGGAUGUUAACAUAACCCGCUCUUCAGAUGUUUAUGACUUUAGUGAUUCAAAGUAUCUUUUCAAGCCAUACAAUAAACCAAUUUCAGAGUUGAUAAGAGAUUAUUUGCCUUUACUGGAUGAACAUCUUCAUCAAUGUAUAUCAAUUCCAGGAACUGAAGAACCUGGGUACAGUGGUGUAUAUAGAAACAAGAUAUUUUCCAACGGAUUGAAGAAAACACUCACUCCAUAUUUAACAACUUACCAUGAGUUUUUCAAGAAUGCAGUUGAUUUGUUUAAAGAUAAGCCAUGUUUAGCAGGUAGAAAAUACGAUUAUGUUGCUAAAAAUAGUGCAAACGAGUAUAGCUCGAAAUCAUUCAAGGAAAUAGACGAAAUGAAGUCUACAUAUGGCUCAGGUAUUUUAUACUUGUUACAAAAAAAUCCAUACAAGAAUAAUGAAAAAUUUGAAAGUCACAGAAAAAUCGAUAAUCACAUAAGAGAUUACGAAACUUAUGAUACUUCUAAUCAUUCUUUCGUCGCUUGUAUAUAUUCCGCUAACAGACCAGAGUGGUUAUUGAGCGAUCUUAUGUGCUCUUCAUAUUCGAUUACCAAUACUGCUUUAUAUGACACUUUAGGUCCAGACACAUCAGAGUAUAUUUUGCAUAAUACUCAGUCUCCAGUUAUUAUUACAAGCAAAAAUCAUAUUGCCUCUAUCGUUCAAUUGAAGAAAAAUGCCCCCAAGGAAUUGGAACAUGUUAUUCAAAUUAUUUGUUUAGAUCCAUUGGAUUUGAAGAAUGAAACUCCGCUAAGCUCUGAGGAUCAGAGUUUAGUUCGCUUGUGUAAAGAGUUUAAUAUAGAAUUAUGUGAUUUGAAUUAUACUAUCAACUUAGGUGCGUCAUUUCCAACUCCGGAAUUACCACCAACCCCAAAUAGUCUAUUCACAAUUAGCUUUACUUCAGGAACAACUGGGUCUAAACCAAAAGGUGUUUUACUUACUCAUAGUAUUGCAGCGGCUGCCAUAACUUCAAAUUUUAUAACCCUCCCAAAGAUUAAAGACAUAAAAACUUUUGCAUUUUUGCCUUUAGCUCAUAUUUUUGAGAGGUUGAAUUGUGCUUAUGGUGUUUCACAAGGUGCAUGUAUGGGGUUUCCACAGAUCUGUGGUACACCAUUAACCUUGAUAGAAGAUUUAAAGAUUUUCAAGCCUCACAGUAUGAGUAAUGUUCCAAGAAUUUUUACAAAGUAUGAAGCUGCUAUCAAAGCUCAAACUAUAGAUCACCCUACCUCGUCUGUUACAAGAGCAGUAUAUAGAAAAGUUUUGAAUAAGAAGAUGAAGUGGCAAGAAGCUCAUGAUGGAGCAGAUGGUCGUCAUCCACUCUAUGACAGCUUAUUUCUUGACAAUAUUCGUAAGGAGUUGAAAUGA